UCGGUGACGACGGAACGGUGUCGGAGAGUGUCCAGCGGAGGUCCUCCGGGGUGGGUGUCCUCGCGGAGUGCUCGGAACUCGCCAGCUCGUGGGACUCCGAGGAGUGUCCUCGGAGAGACACGGCGCCAAGGAGCUGCAGAGGACCGGCUCAGGCCGGGAUAUGGCCAGGGCGCGAUGUGUGCUCCUGGGGGUGCUCCUGUGUGCUACCCUACACCAGUCGACCGCCCGACAGAUGGACAAAUGCCAGCUGGCCAGGGAGCUGAUGCGACACGGAAUGCCCGAGCAUGAGCUGGCCGACUGGCUGUGUCUGGCCGACCACGAGUCACGGUACGACACCGGCGCCGUGGGCCGGCUGAACGGGGACCGGACCGUGGACCACGGCCUGUUCCAGAUCUCCGACCUGUACUGGUGCGACUGGAGCCGCGAGGAACCGCAGAGGAGCUACCGCAACCUCUGCCGCGCCAGCUGCGACGAUUUUCGUGACGACGACAUCACCAAUGACCUGGCGUGCGUGCGUCAGAUUUUCGACGAGCACAAACGGCUGCAGGGCAACGGGUUCAUGGCCUGGUGA